AUGAACAGGUACAACAAUAACUCAACAUCUGUAUGGAUGGUUCUUGCAUUCAUAUUGUUAUUGAAUGAAGUGACUUACACAUGUGCUGCCAACACUUGUGUAGUUGACAAGUCAAUCACAUCAUCGGAAUGUCAAACAAACCCACUAAUAUGUACAUCAAUAUCAUUAUGUUUGAAACAACUUAUCAAACAAGGACAACUCAACAACACUGUUUUGGUGACACCUGAUCAGUAUAACCAAUUGGAUUGUCCUGGAUCAGUCCCAGUACCACUCGGAUCACUGACCAUCACUUCAACAUCCCCAUCCGACAAUCCAAUAUUUGAUUGUAAUAACUCUACAUUCAUUGUGAUCAAUGUUACACCAACUGGUAAUCAACAAUCAACAAUCAUAUUGGACUCUAUAACUAUUACGUCUGGAACGAAUGAGCAGGAUGGUGGAUGUAUCCAAUUGAACAAUGAUAAUAUGCCAUCAAGCAAUAUUCUGGAUAUUACAGUAUCCAAUUGUAAUGUCAGUUUCUGCAAGUCAUAUGGUAAUGGAGGCUUCAUGGCAUCAUUUGGUUACAAUGUAACAAUUGUAAACACUACUGUUACAAACUGUACAUCGGCACAAUCUGCUGGAGUACUAUUAUCAAUCACACCUACCAUGUUGAUCAACAGUGUGUUUGAGAAGAACCAUGCUCACAAUGCCGGUGGAGUCUUCUCUGGCAUGACCCAAAUGUCAGCCAUCAACUGUACAUUCGACAGCAACUCUGCCUUUGUCUAUGGAGGUGCUGCCAUUGGCCUAUCUAUGCAGUUCAAUCAAUGUACAUUCAUGUCCAACUCAGCUGACUUUGCUGGAGGUGCUUUAUACAUGCCAGAUGGAAGUUAUGGAGUUGUAUCAAACUCAUCAUUCAUGGACAAUCAGAUCAAUGCUGGUGAUGGUGGUGGUGCAAUCUUCUCAAACAACUCAAGACUACAUCUCUAUAACAAUAUAUUCUCUGGCAACUAUGUUGCAGAGGAUGGUGAUGGUGGUGCAAUCUAUGUGAUGGGCGAGGGUGGAUACCAAAAUGGUAACUUCGACUUCUCCACAAACCAAUUCUUGGACAACAUGGCCAAUGGCAAUGGAGGUGCAAUCUACUUUAGACCACAUGUUAGUAUUAAUAUACUCAAUCUCACUGGUGCAUUGUUCAUUGAUAACCAGGCUGGUCAGUAUGGUGGUGGUAUAUACUUCAAUAGCUAUCCAAAGCAGGUCAAUCAAGGUUUGUUUGAGUACUGCAGCAGUAAAGAGUAA